AAGAACAGAAAAAGAACUGUUUUUACUUUUCCUGUUCAGUUCUUCUGGUCUCACACAGCCAGGGUGACUCUGUUGGAUAAAUCUAAGCAAUGUCAGAUGAUAAGAAUCCUCUGGGUCAGCUCAGGGACCUGGUGGAGCUGAAAGACCAGCUGGAGGACAUCCAGAAACGAGUGGAAGAUGAAAUACAAGCUGGGAUUCCUCCAGGAGGCAGUCUGCUCGCUUCUCCGUUCUUGAAGGGUUUCCUGGCCGGUUACGUGGUUGCCAGGCUACGCUCUUCGGCGCUGAUGGGUGUUGUAAUAGGAACAUGCACAGGGAUAUACGCGGCACAAAACUACGCUGUACCAAAUAUUGAAAACACCGUCAAGGAGUACAUACAGAACCUGAAAGGACGACGUAAAUGAGGAGAAAGUGGCAAAAUAGAGAAAGUUUACAACAUCAAAGUGGUGCUGGUACAGCUGUGAUCUACUUUCUGUGUAACACUCAGUCCUAUUUUGAUAAUUAUAUCAAAAAAAAAAAAUAUAUAUAUAUAUAUAUUUUGGAGGAUCCCUAGUGAUGGAAAUGGAAACAUUGUGAAAAUUUUACCAAACAAAAAUGGGAAAACAAAAAAAAUUGGUCCGUUUCAACAUAAAAUAACGCUCAUAAUCACAAUUGCUCUGUGUCCCAACAGCCAUAAAAGAAAAAUAAGUAGCAGAAUAUUUAGUUUAAAGCAUAUUUGUGAAUAUGUAAUCUGAGUUUAUGGGAAAACUCAAAAGUUGGGUAUUUUAUAAAGCUAAAUAAGAAUGAGCAAAAUAAAAUUGGUGCACCUGCACAAGAGCAAAGAGCGGCAGAGUAUGUUUGGUAGACAUGUUCUAAUUACAGACGCACUAAUCAGUCAGUCAGAGAUCAGAGUCGACACAUCACCUCUGAUUGCUCAUCAUGUGAAACGCUGAAAAUAUCUGGUAAUAUUUCCCUAAUUUAUUCAAUUAAUCAUGAUUAACAAAGGCCAGCAUCUCCGGUCUACAAUGAACCAAAAUAAUGUCAUUUUUUUAGUUUAAUAAAAAUCAUGUAAAACUUCAAGACAUAUACUUCCAUUCAUAACUUUAUGCUGGAUUUAAACUACUCGCCUGUGUAAAAAGAACCGAGAUCACAUGUUUUUUUUUCCCUCUUUUGUGUUUAAGUCUUUAGAAAAUAAAAUGGGAAUCGGCCCAGAUGUUAAAGAAAACUGGAAAUAUGUGUUGGCCAGGAAAAGCUUGAUCAUUGCAUUUUUAAUUUUGAAAUAAUGCUGUGGUAUUGCUCACCACCAAUUAUGAGUUUUCUUUUAACAUCUCAUGCCCUCAGUCGAUCAGAAAUUACCUGCAGGCGCCUUAAUCAAUGUACUUUGUUUUUGUUUGUUUUUUCUUUUUUCUGUGUAAAAAAGCCUCAGCCUGUUAGAUCCCAACUGUUUUUUUCUUUUAUUAUUAUUAUUAUUUGCAGGUGAUAGAACAUUUAUGGUAUAAAGUGACUUGCCUACAUCGCUUUCCUUUUUUGGUUACAGAAUUUAUGUAACUAUUGUUUUUGUUGAAUGUUUAAAAUUACUUUCCUGUUUUACAAGUUGGACACAUUUUUGCCCCCCUGAAUGCGUCCAACUCUCCCGUCUCCGCUUGUCAACAAUCCGUAUGCAGAGUUUGAAGUGUGCACAAAAGCUAAAAAUGCAUUUAAAGUAUAUGUAGUGUUAUUGCCCGUGAGAAUAUCGGUGGAAAUUUGUUGUAUGUGUAAGAGUGCCUCAUCUGGUUUGGACUUGACCUCAUCUCAUCUCAUGCCAUGUGUGCAAUAGCCUUUUCCUCUCAGAUCUGGCUGCCUGUUUCAUGCUGGAAACCAGUUGAUUCCUUUUAUUUUUGCACUUCUUUUGGAGAUUUUAACUUGUUACAUUAUUUUUGACAAAGCUAUAUUUACCAUAUGAUGUGUCAAAGGCCUGUUUCUUAGAUAUGUAACAUAUUUGAAAAAUUUCACUUUGUUUUGCAUGUGUGCACUUUAUCUUAAAAAGCCCCCUGCUGGUUGGCGGCAAGAUUAUUGAAGCUAUUCAAAUUCUGCACUAAGUCUUUUAUAUCUAUUAGAGAGCAAAUUAAACGACAGAUCACUUUGGAGAUAUUCUAACGUCAAAAAUUUGAAUUGUGAUUAAUUUGAAGAUAUUUUUUAAAAAAAAUGUAGGAAUAGGUUGUAAAUAUCACAUUUUUCCCAUCUGCAUUUCAAAAACGUCUAUUCUGCUCAUCCUUUAACUCGGUAAAAGUUUUAUCUUCAACAAAGCGACGACUGUAAAGCAGCAUGGGGAUUUUUCACGUCACUGAUAGUUUGCAUUGCGAUGUAAAGGGACACAUCUGUCGUGAAAAUCAAGCCAUGACUGAAAAUCUGAUUUGAAAUUGUUUUUGGUUGUGUAAUUGUGUUAAAUUGUUUUAAAGUUGCCUUUGAAGGUAAAGUAGGAAAUCAUUCAUACUGCGUGAUAUCUGGAACAGAAGAGUGAAGAUGUGCCUAUUGACAAUCAUUUUGUUUCCCUUGUAUUGCUGUGCAUGGUUUGGUGUUUUAAGUUUUCUGUUUUGCCUUUAGGAGUAUUCUCCUGGAAUUGUUAUUUUGCGCCGCUUCAUUAUUCUUUAACUUGCUUUAUUUUAUUUUUUGUUGCUUUCAUUCCUGCCUGCACAACUCAAACUCCACAGAUUGAAAUUCCACUGAGAUGUCAUUGAGGAAAAAAAAUCUCAUCAAAACUGUAACAGAUUUAUUUCAGUUGUUCAAAUAAAUGAAAAAUAAUGAGAA